AUGGCUUUUGAAACUACAGUUUUCUGUUUGGACAACAGUGACUUCACGUUGAUUGAAGAUCACGUACCGAACCGAAUAUACGUGGAAUGUCAGGGGAUACAUUUGAUAUGCGUUUCGAAGACUCUGUCGAACCCUUCGAACUAUUUCGGGUUGGUUGCAAUGGCGAACGUGGAAAUAUUGGCACCACUGACGCAGAAUUACAACGAAGUUUUGAGCAAGAGUAAAAAUUUGAAGCUUCACGAGCAAAUCGAUUUUGUAGCCGGUCUACAUUUGGCUUACUCCAUGUUGAUUAAACGUCCAAAUAAAGAGAGCAAAAUGAAGUUGAUAGCGUUUAUUGCAAGCCCUUGCAUUAUAAAUGAAAAACAGUUGCGUAAGUUGGCUAAAAUACUGAAGAGAUCCAAAGUUACCGUGGAGAUUAUUUUUAUGGAUCAGCACCCAGAUACCUUAAGAAAAAUGUUUGAUUUUACCAUGGACUUGAAUGGAGAUAAUAACUUAACAAAUAACGUGGUAAUCAUACUUCCAGAUACGAACAUAGCAUCUGCUAUCAGAUCAUCGCAGAUUUUGCCUUUUACUUACAUUACUGCUGAUGUAGAGGAGGAGCAAGCAUAUUUUCUUCUGGCUAUGAGGAUUUCUUUGCAGGAAAAAGAGCAUUUGGACGCAGGGACCUCAGCAGCAAUAAAAGUGGAAGAUUCAAGUAAUAUGAAUGUUAUCCUUGAGGAUGAUGAUAAAGAAGAAGAUGCACUUUCUCAAGAAGAUGAAACUUUUCAGAGUGUUGAAAAUAAUAAGAAAAAAUAG